AUGAACAUUUUAAAAUUAUAUAAAGAUAGAAACUUAUCUAUAAAAGAUGUAGUUUGCGGUUUACAUUUUAAAGAAGACAAUUUUUUAAAUUAUGAAUGUAAAAUGCCUGAUGAGUCAAUUAAAUACAUUGAACGAAUACGCCCGGCAUUAAGAGAAAAUGCUAUUCCGAUAAUAUUUUUAGCUUUACCAGAACGAUUUUCAAAAGUAGGGAUAAAAAGACCGGUACCAAAAACUAGGCAAGAAAUUAAAAAAAAGUUUUGUAAUACAUCAACAAAUGACGCCUGGUUCGUUCCGUGCGAUUUUUAG